AAUCCAAUUUAAGUAAAUUCUACAUGAUUUUAUAGGUAUUUUUCAUGUAUACAUUAUCAAAUUUAUUUUAGAUUCCACCCCAAAUUAAUAAAUACUUACUUGUUUUGACCUUUUGGAUUAAAUGCAUUUUGGAGUAUUGCAAAUUUGCACAGUUGCACUCUACUUUUCUUUCCUCUUUCUCUCAACCCUUUUCUUUCCCCUUCGCGUCGCGUUUCUCCUCCGCAGAUUCUCUCUCAUCUGUGUUUCUCCUCGAUCAAAUCAAUCUCUACGCAGAAACCGAAUUCCAAUACUACACCAUGACUCUUGGCUCGGGAGGAUCCAGCGUCGUGGUUCCUCGAAAUUUCAGAUUGUUGGAGGAACUUGAGCGUGGAGAAAAGGGAAUUGGUGAUGGUACUGUAAGCUAUGGAAUGGAUGAUGGAGAUGAUAUCUAUAUGCGCUCGUGGACUGGCACCAUUAUAGGUCCCCACAAUUCUGUGCACGAGGGACGCAUAUAUCAGUUGAAGUUAUUUUGUGACAAAGAUUAUCCAGAGAAGCCUCCCAGUGUUCGUUUCCAUUCCCGGGUUAACAUGACUUGCGUAAACCAUGAAACUGGAGUGGUGGAACCAAAAAAGUUUGGGCUUCUAUCAAAUUGGCAGAGGGAGUACACAAUGGAAGACAUACUGACGCAGCUGAAGAAAGAGAUGGCUGCUCCACACAACCGUAAGCUGGUCCAGCCUCCCGAAGGAACAUACUUCUAGUGCAAGAUAUGAAGGUCCUAUUUGACCAUAUUCUGAUUGAUAGUUAUCUCAUCGCGUUAAGAUGGAAGUUGUAUGGGGGAAUGCCUGAAAAGCCAUCUCAUAUCGCUCCUGGAUUCCUCGUAUCUUUUAUCCUGCUUUAUUCUGUUUAUGAACUAUGUCGGGAUAGUUGGUGAUGGGAUUUCUUCUGUGUGAAAAUUAAUGAACAUCUUGGUAAUAUCAUAAUUCUUGUCUUUUUGAAUGCUUUCAUCGUCCUCUGAAGGAAAAUUUGAUAAGAACAUCCUUUGUUA